AUGGCGGUAUCCGGCCUUUGUGCACUCUGGUACGCAGCUCGGUUCAUCUCGUUGGAACAUACAUCCGUUGGCGGAGGUCCCCCGUAUGCACGGUUUGGGCUCGCCGCGCCCACAUCUGCAAGUGCGGCCGAGGGUCUUUGUCCCCAAGUCGAUGCCACGUACCCCUUAAAGCACGCGGACCUCGAUGGAACAUUGAUGGCCUUGUACGCCGAUGAGACGUUCCAAGCACGAGCAUUCGAGGCUCUCGCAGGCGCGAUCCAGAUUCCAACUGAGUCGUACGACGACCUCAAACCAGUCGGAAAAGACCCUCGGUGGGAGACAUUCGGCGUUCUGCAAGAAUACCUACAGAUCACCUUCCCGAAAGUGUUCCAAACUCUCUCUUUCACGACCGUCAACACAUAUGGGAUUGUGCUCCACUGGCAGGGCUCCGAUACCUCAACCCGUCCAGUGCUCAUGGCUGGUCAUCAAGACGUUGUUCCGGUGGAACCCACUACUGUGAAUGACUGGAAGCAUCCGCCCUACUCUGGCCUUUUUGACGGUGAAUGGAUUUGGGGUCGCGGCACGUGCGACGACAAGUCGGAUGUUAUUGCAUCACUGCACGCCAUCGACGCUCUCAUCGAGCAGGGUUUCCAACCUCGUCGCACUUUUGUGUGGGCAUACGGAUUCGACGAAGAGGCUUCGGGCAUGGAGGGGGCGGGCAAAUUGGCAGAGUACCUUGAGGAAACUUAUGGCACUCAUGGGUUUGAGAUGCUCCUGGAUGAAGGUGGUUCGUACGGCACUCCGUACGGGGAGGGCGUGAUAUUCGCGACACCAGCCCUCUCAGAGAAGGGGUACCUCGACGUCCGAGUGGAGGUGACGACGAAGGGUGGACAUUCCAGCGUCCCGCCUGCGCAUACCGGCAUCGGCAUGCUCUCUGCCAUGAUCGUCGAGCUGGAAGCCAACCCCCUCGAGACGUCCCUCAUUCGCGGCGGCAGCCCCUACAACUACACCAUGUGCGCCGCCGCCCACGGCCCCGCCUACCCACCCACCGUGCGCCGGCUCGCGCUGCACGCCGCCGAGACCGGCUCCGACGCGGACCUCGCGGACCUCGAGGACGCGCUGCUCGCCGCCUUCCCCUUCUACUCCGCCGUCCUCCGCACGACCCAGGCGGUCGACCUCGUCGCCGGGGGCGUCAAGGUGAACGCGCUCCCCGAGCGCGUCUCCGCGGUCGUGAACCACCGCAUCGCGGAGCACGCGUCCGUCGCGGCGCUGCAGGCGCACUACGUCGCCACCCUCGCGGCGGUCGCGGAGGCGUUCGACCUGACCCUCGACGCGUUCGGGACGAACGUCUCGGCCGGGACGGGGCGGGGCGGGCACGUUGCGCUGUCGGAUGCGUGGGGGACGGCGCUGGAGCCGUCGCCGGUCACGCCUAUGGGCAAGGGCGCGCCGUAUGAGGUCUUUGCGGGGACGGUGAAGGCGACGAUCGAGAGCUCGGACCGAUAUGAGGGGAGCAGCGUCGUGGUUGCUCCGUUGCUUACCAUCGGCAACACAGACACACGCUACUACUGGAACCUCACCAAGCACAUUGUUCGGUACAAGCACUUGCAUAACCAGGACGCUUACAACGGAGCGCACACCGUCAACGAGGCCGUCCGUGCGAAGGGAUGGAUCGAGACGAUCAGGUUCUACACCAAGUUUGUUCUCAACUGGGACGAGCAUCAGUGA